UGCAUGAGACAAAUCACAGCCUUGCUUUAGGUGAAUUUCAGUUUCUCCCACCAAAGCCCAACUCUUGAAUUCCUGAAGAAAAAAAAUAUCAUCUUAAUAUGAUCAAGAGACUGGCUGUUGAUCUGAUUUUGGGUUAUAUUAUGGGAAAAAAAUGAGAUACUUGGAGAGGAGGAGAAGAGAAAAGGUGGGGAGAGAGAGAGAGAGAGAGAGGAAGAUUGAUAUAUGGAUCUCUGCUUUUGUAACUUAAGCGGCUUUUUUAAUCUAGCCGUCCAAUUUCAUCUAACGGCUGCGAUCUGUCCUCAAUUAAGGUUUCUCUUGAGACUCGCUCUUUUUUUGGUUGGUGGAAUAAACCCUCUAAAACCUUAACCCCUACCCUUUUUCUCAAAGUCCCCAAAGGGCAAACCUCCAUCUUCAAAUAAUUCAACCGCUCAUAGCGAAAAUCGAAAGUGUUUGAUUAAAUAUGCAGAACGACGAGGUCAUAUGGCAGGUUAUCAGGCACAAACACUGCAGCUUCAUGUCCAAAAUUGAAACUGGGAUAUUCUGUAGAAACCCAUAUAACGUCACUGGGAUUUGUAACCGAAGCUCGUGCCCUCUGGCUAAUAGUCGCUACGCCACCAUUCGCGACCAUGAUGGAGUCUUCUAUCUUUAUAUGAAAACUAUAGAAAGAGCUCAUAUGCCAAACAAAUUGUGGGAAAGAGUUAAGUUACCCAGGAAUUAUGAGAAAGCACUUGAAAUUAUUGACAAACAUCUGAUGUACUGGCCUAAGUUUCUUGUGCACAAAACAAAGCAACGGCUGACUAAAAUGACCCAGAUGAGGAUACGCAUGAGGAAGCUUGCUUUGAAAACAAGGGAGAAAAUAAUGACGACACCAAGGAAAGAGAAAAAGAGAGAGGCUAGAAGAGAGGAAAAGGCUGAAAAAGCUGCAGUGUUGGAUAAGAGCAUUGAGAGAGAACUAUUAGAACGCCUCAAGAAAGGAGUUUAUGGUGAUGCAUAUAAAGAUAUAUACAAUUACCCCUUUGAUAAAUACCAAAAAGUUCUUGAAGGGGAAGAAAUGCAGUUGGAUACUGAGAGAGAAGAAGAAGAGGAGGAACCUGAGAUAGAAUAUGUUGAAGGUUAUGAUGAACUUGAAGAGGAAGAUGAUAUUGAAGAUUUUGCUGGUUUUUCAGUGGACAAUUCUCAUGCAGAUGAUGAUAUUGUUGGAAGUGAUGAAGAGGCAGAAGCAGUUAUUCGCAACAGAGAGAGAAAGGAAUCUGCCUUUGCUUCUAGAAGAUUUGAGAAAGAUGAACCUGCUGCCAAAUCGAAGAAGAAGCCAAGGGUACUUGUUGAGGUUGAGCAUGAAGAUGCUGGUGUUAGGCAAAAGGCAGUCCACUGAGAACUUCUUCUUAUUUCAUUAUUUGAUCUGGAGAAGAGAUGGUUGCAACGCUCUUCUUCUUGUGAGGUUGGCCUAUUUUUCUCAAAGCUUGCUGUGCAAGGAAGAAACUUGCUGAUGGUGACCAAAUUUUGAAAGAUUUUGAUAGCUGAACAAUUUUUUUAAAUUACCGUAGUGUUGGGAAACCAUUGUAUUGCUAGCUUUGAGUUGGAGCUGGCUUUGGCCUGUGGGUUGUUUGUAGGCCAAGGGACAUUGUUAGUUAGGUUUUCUGUAUUGUAAACGUCUUCUGUAACAAAGAAAAACAAUAGUCUGUUGGAAGGAUCCUAGUUUUUUCCGUUGCUUUUGUUU